AUGUCGUUCAGCCAUGAAGCAGUGAACACAACGGAAGCCCCUCCUCCUCGGCCAUUUUACAACCAAGCAGUCGUUGCAAAUGGCUUUCUUUUCUGCUCGGAUCAGCUUCCAAAGGACUCUACCGGCAGAAUUGUCUCGGGGACUAAUCAAUGCAUCAAAAACCUGAAGGCAGUACUUGAAUCAGCUGUUUCCAGUCUAGAGAAAAUGGUUGGGGUCAAUGUCUUUCUAGCCGACAUGGAAGAUUUUGAGAAGAUGAACGAAACGUACUUGCAGUGGUUUGGCGAGAUAAAACCUUUGCGUUGCGGCCAAAUGAAUUCCUGA